CCAUCUUUCAGUUUGAGAGCGCCAUGGGCCACAACUGGCUCGACGUGGCCAACGGUCUCAGCCUCGUGCACAGGAUCACGCAGCCACACACCGUCAACGAAAACAUUGUCGGGGCCAUUCGCGUAAAGUUUUCGCAAAACAACAAGCCACAGGACGUCAUCAACCUCCUGGUCGAAGAGAGCAACAGGUUGUACACGAGUAACGUCGAGAACGGAGUGUACCGCUGUGACACCGACAACAUGACGCUCCGGACCGUCAUGCCGGCCGAGCGGGUCACGGACGACGUCAACAUCAUCGAUCCGGCCAUCUCUACGACGCUGCGUGACCACAACGAGCUCAUCAUGAAGAGUUCCGACACGAUCCCCGUGCCGCGGACCAACCACUACGUGCUAGCCCUGCAGAAGGAGAAGGCGCCGGCCACCGAGGUGUCGGUCCUUAACAUCGCCUCCAUCAUAGAACAGUGCAUGAGCAACGGGCGCGUGGACUCUCGCUUGGUCGAAGUGCACAAACAGUCGGACCAGGGCACGCAGGAGCUCAACAAAUUUUACAGCCAGGCCUGUUGCGUCUCGCCCCGUAACCUCGGUCUGUUUCUACAGUGCCUAAACUUUGAGAUGAUGGACUCGGACAUGUUUGGGGCCACCUUACAGUGCCUCAAGAUGACCAAGGGCAUACCCACUCCGCGCCAGGAAGAAAUUGCCACCUACUCAAACACGGCGCUAUUUCGGAUGGCCACCAACCUGUUUUAUCACACGCGUUUCUGCAGGAGCUACCGCGGCGAAAACACCUACCUGUACGACUCGCGCUUCUUUAACGACUUUCUACUCUGGGUCCAGUCGCCCAACUAUCUGGAACACCACAUCUCGCCUAGCGUGUCGUCGUCCAUCAUCUCGUGGUGCACGUCCAUGUCUACUGCCAUGCACACUACGCGCGACGCCAACGGAGCGAAGUGCGCCAUGGCGGCCAUAUCCACGUGCGAGGUGGACCAACGCGUACUAGCCGACUUUUUGAACAUGUUCAUCAAGCUCUUUAUCGAGGACGAGACCGAGAUUAGCGUCAUCAACAAGAAAUUUCUCGAGAAGGAACUACUCAAGGCUUUUGCCUCCGUGUCUAAUUGCUACAACCUGUUUAGGGGGCAGUUUGUUUCGGCGACGGCCUUGCGCCUCUUCCUAGCCCGUUGUAGGUGGUCCGUGGCCGACGACGUGGAAGUCAUCGUUCCGGUCGAAACAAAGUUUCUCAACAGACUGAUAUGCGACAGCGACGACCUGUUGUCCAACUCGAUGCGAGACAAGCUCCGUAAAACCAUGGAAGACGUCUCCACGAUGAUGGCGCCGCUACUCUCCAAUCCAUCCACGUCCACGCCUCGCAGCAAGGACGACGACAGCAACGUGCCCAUAUGCAUUUGAAAUAAAAAACCGCCAA